AUUCCUUGUUGUACCUAAAAGACAAAUGCCCACACGGGUGAUUCAGUUUUAGUGUGGGUGAAAGUUGCUCCAUUGACCGUCAAUAGCAUUUUGCGUUAGUUAGUAUUUGCAUAUAUGAUAUAUAAAUGGCGGAUGCCGGAAACGAGGAUGCCGAUACGGUCCUUAGCGACGUGGAGGAGGGUGAUGAUUCAGGUCCGACUGUGAUCAAGAAUCCAGCGCCAGAAGAUGUCUCCGUCGACAAAGUCAGGGAGCUUCUUGUCGAGCUCGAUCGUGAGCGGCAAGCCCGCCAGGCGGCCGAAAACACGAAAUCCGAAUUGCAAGUUUCAUUCAAUCGGUUGAAGGCGCUUGCUCAUGAGGCCAUUAAGAAGCGGGAUGAAUUUGGGAGGCAGAGGGAUGACGCUUUUCUAGAGAAAGAAGAGGCUUUAAAAUCAUACGAUAAGGUUUUGGCCGAGUUAGCUGAGACGAGUAAAGCCAAGGAUGAGGUUUUAACACAGAGGGAUGAGAUUUCCAAGCAGUUGGAUGAGGUGGUGAAGGAGAGAGAUGACCUCCGAUUAGAAAUUGGAAAUUCCACCCAUAUGUUUGUGACUGGGAUUGAAAAGAUAUCUGCCAAGGUAAGUAAUUUUAAAAAUUUUCCUGCCAAUGAACUACCCAAAUCACAGAGAUACUCGGGCCUGGCAGCUGUAGCAUACGGGGUAAUUAAGAGAGCUAAUGAGGUUGUUGAAGAGCUUGUUAAACAGAUAGAUGCAACUGCUAAAUCUAGGAAUGAGACUAGAGAGCAGAUGGAACAGAGGAAUUAUGAGAUUGCCAUUGAAGUUUCUCAGCUGGAAGCAACAAUUGGUGAGUUGAGGGAAGAGGUGGCGAAGAAUAAUUCUAUUGUCGAGAAUUUGGAGAGAAAUCUUGAAGAAAAGGACAAAAAAAUAAAUGAUGUGGAACAAGAGAUGUCAGAGAAACUAAGUAGUGAACAGAAUGAGGUUUUGGAGUUGAGACAGUUAGUUAGUGAGUAUGAUGAAAAGUUGAGUACGUUAUCCUUAAGGAUGGAAUCACUGAGGCCUUUACUAAUUGAUCAGUUGAGUUUUGUGUCAAAAAUCCACAACCAGAUUUACAAUGUUAUGAAGAUAAUAGAUGCAAAUAAUUUGGAACUGUCAGAAUCCUUAUUUGUACCUCAAGAAACAGACAUUGAAGAGAAUAUACGUGCCUCUUUAGCGGGAAUGGAAUCUAUGUAUGAGUUGACUAAGAUUGUUGUUGAGAAAACCAGGGAUGUAGUUGAGGGGAAGAAUGGUGAAAUACGGACUUUAGAUGACACAGUGACUCGAUUAGUUAGGGAGAAAGAUCAAAUUGGUUCCUUACUUAGGAGUGCUUUAUCAAAGAGGAUGGCCACUGAUGCGUCUUCCCAAAAAAAUGAAUUGUUUCAAGCUGCAGAAAAAGGCUUAAGGGAGGCCGGGUUAGAUUUCAAAUUCAGCAAACUUCUUGGAGAUGAAAAAGAUGCAGCUUCAAACAACAAGUUGGGCAUAAGAGAAAAAGAGGAGGAUGAAAUAUACUCUCUGGCCAGUGCUUUGGAGAAUGUUGUCAAGGCAUCGCAGAUUGAGAUCAUUGAGCUGCAGCAUACUGUGGAUGAAUUAAGGGCAGAGUUGAGUUUACUUAAGCAGCACGUAGAAGCUCAAGCCAAAGAGCUUGUCCAUAGAAUGCAUCUGAUAGAGGAACUAGAAGACAAGGAGAGAGCGGCUAAUGAAAGUGUUGAGGGUUUGAUGAUGGACAUUGCAGCUGCUGAAGAAGAAAUUAAUCGAUGGAAAUUAGCAGCAGAGCAAGAAGCCGCUGCAGGCAGAGCCGUUGAACAAGAAUAUGUUGCUCAGCUGUCAGCACUUAAGCAGGAGCUUGAGGAUGCGAAGCAGUCUAUGCUUGAAUCAGAGAAUAAGCUCAAGUUCAAGGAAGAGACCACAGCUGCUGCCAUGGCAGCUAGAGAUGCAGCUGAGAAAUCGUUGAGGCUGGCAGACUUGAGGGCGUCUAGGCUGAGGGACAGAGUGGAGGAGCUUACUCAUCAGCUUGAGGAGCUUGAGAACAGGGAAGACUCUCGGGGUCGGGGCCGAAAUAGGUCUAGAUAUGUGUGUUGGCCUUGGCAGUGGCUUGGCCUGGACUUUGUAGGAUCUCAACGGCCCGAUGCACAAGAACAGAAUUCUAACGAAAUGGAACUUUCCGAACCUCUUCUAUAGUUGUAUCUUUUAAUUCUAAUUUUUUUUUUUGUAUUUAUUUUUUAUUUCUUCAUUUUUAUAUGUCACGAAUUUGUAACCUUAUACCAUCAACAUGAACAGUGAUAUAUUAAUGCGCGGCAAUGUUGGUGUUGAUAGGAAA